GCUUUUCUCACCCUUAAAUCGUCUCCUCAAACCUCAGCCCCCUACACUCAGCGACAGGGCCUUCUUCUGAGGCUUUGUCUGCUGUGCUCGUCAGAAACACAUGUACUGGAGGCCCUCAUUCAGGCUCAGAUGAAAGCCGUGGAGGGCAGCAGAAGAAUCCAAAGGUUCCCGGUGAAUGGCAGCAAAGCCAAGGCCUUGGAGCGCGACGUCACAGAGAUGGACCCUGCACUCCGGUUAAUGCUGCAGGAGAAGGAGAGGGCCGUGAUGACGCUGGAGGAGACUGUGGAGGAGAAGGAGAGGGCUGUGAGGACGCUGCAGGAGACGGUGGAGGUCGUCAGGCGGGUCCUGCAGGAGGAGGAGAUACGGGGGGAGCUGUGGUCGGAGCGCUCAACACCUCCAGACGAGCUGAGUCCUCUGUCAGCUCCGUCUGUGUCCCGCCCCCCCCGGGGUCUACACGGGCCUCAGAGGGGUCCUCCGGCCCCCCCACAGCCUCCACAUGGGGAGGGUGUUGCCCUGUGGUGGUCCUCCACCUCUUGGAGGGGCUUGGGCCUUCCUCGGGAUCCUCUCUGCUCCUCUGCCCCCACACUAGCCCUCCGCACACGGAGCACACUAGCUCACUCAGAGCAGGACUUUCACUUCCCUAAACAUGUUAUCUGUGAUAGGGCUCCUCAGUGUUUCUAUAUACCGCCCCUCCCUCUGAACGUCCACGGGGCGUCCGGGGGCUACUGGUUAAGGAGGUGGACCGGUAACCGGAGGGUGUCCGGGUCGAGUCCCGACCGGUAGGUGAGCUAUGUGGACGGGGGGAGUAGUUGUGCAGCACUCUCCUCCGUCCUCGUCCACAGAGGAGGUUCCCUUGAGCAAGGCACCUGAAGCCCCCGGGCUGCACUGCGGCGGUCCACCGCUCCGGGAACGCCGGGGUACCCCCCGUGUGUGUGUGUGCCCCCGUGUGUGUGUGUGCCCCCGUGUGUGUGGACAAGGUCACUCCUCUGUGUGUGUGUGUUCAGCAGCUCCCGGACGGGUCAAGAGUAGAGAAAGAGAAUAAAGGAUACCU